AUGGCUGAAGUAAAGUCGCCCAAGACAGAUGGCGGUGAUCUCGUUAUCUCUCAUCAAGAAGCCCCCGCAGUUCCCGUUUACUACGACGAUAAAGAUUUCGUCAAUGAAGAUGGAACCCCAACGGAAGAAGAGUUGGCUACCCUGAGAAGGGUGGCAGGCCAGGUACCAUGGACAGCAUACACCAUUGCUUUCGUCGAACUCUGCGAGCGAUUCUCUUACUAUGGUGUCACGCAAGUCUUUACCAAUUUCGUGCAACAGCCCCUGCCAUCAAACUCCGCGACAGGUGCCGGAAGAAUUAUUCAACAGUCAGGUGCCUUGGGGUUGGGCCAAAGAACGGCCACUAGUAUUACCCAGUUCAAUCAGUUCUGGGCGUACCUUAUGCCACUGGUAGGAGCCUAUGUCGCAGAUAGAUAUUGGGGAAGAUACAAGACUAUCAUGGUUUCAAUUGCAUUUGCAAUGGUUGGCCAUAUCCUUCUCGUUGUCUGUGCUAUCCCAUCCGUGAUUGCGACACCAAAAGCAUCUUUGGGAGUUAUGAUUCUUGGUAUCAUCAUCAUGGGUGGUGGUACUGGCGGCUUUAAGUCCAACAUUUCGCCUCUUAUUGCGGAACAAUAUAAACAAGAGAAAAAAGAAGUUGUCACACUUCCUACUGGAGAGAAGGUUAUCGUCGAUCCAAUCUUGACGAUCUCCCGAAUUUUCAUGUACUUCUACCUGAUGAUCAAUGUUGGUGCCUUGACUGGUCAAAUCAGUAUGGUUUAUGCUGAGCACUACGUUGGUUUCUAUCUUUCUUACCUUCUCCCAACUAUCAUGUUCAUCUUCUGCCCACUUAUCAUGGUUAUCUGCAGGAAGAAGUAUGUUAGGACACCUGCAACAUACUCAGUUCUAUCUCGAUCCAUGCAACUCAUGGCAUUUGCUUCUCGAGGCAAAUGGAGCAUCAAUCCUGUUAGAACAUAUAAGAACUUGACCGACGGUGGCUUCUGGGAGAACGCUAAGCCAUCUAAAGUUCCAGCAAAUGAACGACCAAAGUGGAUGACUUUCGAUGACCAAUGGGUCGACGAAGUUUCUCGUGGUAUUAAGGCCUGCAAGGUCUUCCUUUGGUACCCCCUCUACUGGAUUACCUACAACCAGAUCAAUGGUAAUCUCACUUCUCAAGCCGCCGUCAUGGAUACCAAGGGCCUUCCCAACGAUAUUUUGUCCAAUCUUAACCCAUUUUCCUUGAUCAUUCUUAUUCCAAUCUUCGAUCUCGUUUUAUAUCCAGGUCUCCGAAAGAUGGGUUUCAACUUCACCCCAAUCAAGAAGAUUACAUUCGGUUUCAUCACCGGUGUUCUCGCCAUGAUCUGGGCAGCGGUUUUGCAAUACCACAUCUACCAAAAAUCACCUUGCGGUUAUGAUGCCGCCAACCCAGACUGCGACCCAGCACCAAUCAAUGUUUGGGCACAAACCGGCGCCUUUGUUUUGAUCGCUAUCUCUGAAAUUUUUGCAUCUAUCACUGGAUUGGAAUAUGCCUUCACAAAGGCACCAAGUAACAUGAAGUCCUUGGUUACAUCUGUUUUCCUUGUUAUGAGCGCGUUUAGCACAGCUAUUGGCUUUGCAUUCGUUGGCCUCGCCAACGAUCCCCUCUUGGUCUGGAACUACACUGUUGCUGCUAUCCUUGCCGCCUUGGGCGCCUUCUUCUUCUGGAUUCAAUUCCGUGAAUUGGAUAAGCAAGAAGACGAGUUGAACAACUUGGCUAAGACUACUUUCGUCGGUAAUGGUGGCCCUGCUACGGAAACCGAGCUUGAGGCUGCAAACGCUAGGAGAUCUAGCUUAGUCAUUGAGAAGCCAUGA